AUGGCUGAAAAUGUGACAACGACAAAUGAUUCAUUGAAAUCGACAUCAUGUCAAAUAGUUGAAAACUUUGUUUUCGUUUGGAUAGAUUCUAAUUUCGAUGAACCAAAUGAGAAAAAUCAACAAUUUAUUUCUAAACUCGAAAAUAUUGUCAAUUCAAUUCAAAAGUUCACCGAUAUUGAUCAAUGCAUCGAAUUUUUAGCAAAAAUUAAAGAUGAAAAUAUCUUUUUGCUUAUUUCGGAUCCGCUUGGUCGGAAACUUCUUCCGUUAAUCCAACAAUACACUCAAAUUUAUUCAAUCUACACCACUCUCAAGCAACAACCAUGGAUGAAACAGUACGAUGAUAUAAAAAACGUUGUCUCUCUAGAUGAACUUCUGAAUAUAUUGGAACAAGACAUUCGUCAAUUAAAUAAUGAUUUAAUAUCUAUGAAUAUCAUUCCACAAUCACUUAAUACUGAUCUAAACCGACUUGAACCAUCAUUCAUGUAUUUUCAAUUGUUGAAAGAAAAUCUUUUUGUAUUGGAAUACGAUCAACAUGCCUUUGACGAAUUAGUUACAUUUUGUCGCACAAAAUAUCAUAAUAAGAAAGAUGAACUAAAAAUUAUUGACAAAUUUCAAAAAACCUAUGAUAAAAAUACAGCAAUUAAAUGGUACACUGAUGAAUGCUUUGUAUAUCAUAUGCUUAAUAAAGCUUUACGAAUGGUUAAUAUUGAAACUAUUAUGAAAUUUGGAUUGGUUCUUCAUGAUAUUUAUUAUCAAAUCGAACAGCGUCAUCUUGAAUCCAAAUAUGCUCCUGCUUUGCAUGAUAACUUGCAUGUUGUUUAUCGAGGAAAACGUAUAUCAAAUACUGAAUUCGAAAAAAUAAAAAGAAACAUUGGUGGUCUCAUUUCUUUCAAUAAUUUUCUUUCGACAAGCGAAGAGUUUAGUGUUGCUUCACGGUUUGCUACAGUAUCCAGAUCGAAUAAAGAUAAAAUUGGUGUUAUUUUUACAAUAAAAAUUGAUCCAUUGAAUGCAUCGGCUCCAUAUGCCUCUAUCAAAGAUAUAAGUCUCUAUGAUAACGAAAAAGAAGUUUUAUUUUCGAUAUCGAGUAUUUUUCGAAUUGAUGAAGUUUCUAAAUGUCAAAAGAACAAGCGAUUUUGGCAAGUCGACCUAUCGUUAACUAGUGAUAAUGAUCCACAACUGAGACGUCUAACUGAUCAUAUGCGACAUGCACUGGGAGGCGGAGAUGUUUGGCAUCGAAUGGGUCAAUUAAUGAUUAAAAUUGGUGAACUUAAAAAAGCUGAAGAAAUCUUUGGAAUAUUACUUGAAAAAGUACCACAAAAUGAUAGGAAACAAUGUGCUUUUUUAUGCAAUCAACUCGGAUAUAUCUGGAAACAGAAAGGAAAUUUGGAUAAUGCACUUCACUAUUAUAAAAGCUCACUUGCUACUAGUUUGAAUUAUUUACCAUCGAAUGAUCCACUUUUUUCGAGUGUAUACUCAAAUAUUGGCGGAAUUUUAAAAAAGCAAGGAAAACUCGAUGAAGCAUUGAAAUAUUAUCAACGUGUAUUGCAGAAUGAUCUUAGCAUGUUUGAACCAAAUCAAAUAGAGAUCGCCAUUGAUUAUAAUAACAUUGGUGCAAUACUUGAAGAACAAGGCAAAUAUUCAGAUGCACUUAAAAGUUAUGAUCAAGCCUUAGAAAUAAAACUUGCUCAUCUUCCACCAAAUCAUCCGUCAUUAGCAAAAACGUACAUGAAUAUUGGUUCACUUCAUCAUAAAAUGGAUGAUAAUGCAAUGGCAAUUACAUAUUAUGAAAAGGCACUUGCUAAUCAACAAAGAUCACUUCUAUCAAACGAUCCAUCAUUGAUGAUAACUCAUAUAAGAUUAGCUGAUCUAUAUGAAAGUCUACAUAAAUAUAAAGAAGCAGUCGAGCAUCGUCAAAGUAUGAUUUAUAUCGCUCGUCAAAUACUUGGAGAUAAUCAUGCUGAAGUACAGAAAGAGCAGAAAUAUCUCGAUGAAUUGCGUAAGAAAAUCUAA